GACGGUCAAGAAGUCACAUACAAUGAGCUGUUGGCAGGAACAGGCGCAAACAAGCGCGGCUAUGCUAAGAUCUGCUUUUGCGGCGAGCGAGCUGCUGCAGACGGCCUCGAUUACUUCUGGGUGGACCUGCUGCAUCAAGAAUGUCGCCCAGAUUUGAACGUCCUGCAAAACGUGGAGCAAUUGGCCGCCAGAAUUGAUGGUUACUAA